GGUUGGCGAUUGGCGGUUAGGUCGCGAGCCGGCGCGCGGGGAAGGAGCUGGCCGGUUAGACGGCCUGAGGAGAAAGAGGGAGGCAGCGUGAAGAGCGGAGCCCGGCGGCACCAUGGUGGAGAAGGAGGAAGUGGGCACCAUCAGCGAGGAGGAGGCGGCUCAGUACGACCGGCAGAUCCGCCUGUGGGGGCUGGAGGCACAGAAACGGUUGCGGGCCUCCCGGGUGCUUCUUGUUGGAAUGAAAGGUUUGGGGGCAGAAGUGGCGAAGAAUCUCAUUUUGGCAGGUGUGAAAGGACUGACCAUGAUGGAUCAUCAGAAGGUAUCUCCUGAAGACACUAGUGCUCAGUUCUUGAUUCCUACUGCUGGAUCUUCUGGCCGGAACAGGGCAGAAGCCUCUUUGGAACGGGCCCAGAAUCUUAAUCCCAUGGUGGAUGUGAAGGUGGACACAGAGAAUAUAGAAGAUAAGCCUGAGACUUUCUUCACACAAUUUGAUGCUGUAUGUCUGACUUGCUGUUCCAGGGAUGUCUUAGUUAAAAUUGACCAGAUCUGUUAUAAAAAUAGCAUCAAGUUCUUUACCGGGGAUGUUUUUGGCUACCACGGAUACAUGUUUGCCAAUCUGGGAGAGCAUGAGUUUGUGGAGGAGAAAACCAAAGUCUCCAAAGUCAGCCCAGGAGUGGAAGAUGGACCUGACACUAAGAAGGCAAAGUUGGAGGCCACAGAAACGAUGAUGGUGAAAAAGAAAGCGGUUUUCUGUCCGUUCAAGGAGGCUCUGGAGGUGGACUGGAGCAGUGACAAGGCCAAGGCAGCCCUCAGACGGACCACUUGUGAUUACUUUCUGCUCCAAGUGCUCCUGAAGUUCCGUACAGAUAAAGGGCGGGACCCUCAGUCGGAUGCAUACGGUGAGGAUUCCGAGUUGUUGCUUCAGAUCCGAAAUGAUCUGCUCGAGUCCCUGGGGGUGAACCCUGAUCUGCUUCCUGAAGACUUUGUCAGCUACUGCUUCUCUGAGAUGGCACCAGUCUGUGCAGUUGUUGGUGGGGUGCUGGGACAGGAAGUUGUCAAGGCCCUGUCUCAGAGGGACCCUCCUCACAACAAUUUCUUCUUUUUCGAUGGCAUUAAGGGAAAUGGGAUUGUCGAGUGUCUUGGUCCAAAAUGAAAGCAAGCCUUGGGCCCCUGGAUGAUGACCUGCAGACUGCCAUCGAAGUCCAGGCGCAGCCCCUCCCCAGUGCCCCAAAGAGGAGAGGCUUCAACAUUGGGAUUCAGCAGAUGUGCUUCUUGCCGUCAUUAACAGAUGCUGGUCGAUGCAAGGGGGCUUGGAGAUUGACUGUUAGUGUCUCAGCACGAAUCCAUGCCAUGUUUGUCCUCCCUGGGUAGAGGUCACCUACCCCAGCCAGGCUUUCUUCCUUUGUUAUUGUUCUUGGGAGCUUCUCACCACCCCCACCUUAUUCCCCACCUGAAGUCAUGGGCAGAGCAGUCUGGCUUCAGGUGGGGAAUAAGGUUCCAGAUUUAGGCAGGUGCCCUUGGGCAAGGCACAGGAAGGGAGGGCACCAGGACCUGGCACAGGGCUUGGCAGUUUAGUUUAGAAUCUCUUUGUUAGAGUCCAAUUUAAAUUGGGGCUUGCUCCUGUUCUCUUAAGAGUCAGUCACCCACAGAGUAGGACAUCACUCUCUUUGGCUUCCUAAAGGGAUCAUUGUAACUGACUAACAGUUGGAAGCAUUUUGAGGAAAAUCUAAUUUAAAAAUCACCCCUCAGAAAGGCCGAGCCCAGUGCCUGCUACUGCAGGCAUUAUUAUAUAAGCUAGCAGAAUCAUUCACAUAACCUUUUAGACAAGUGUCUUGCAUUUUUCAUGGAGUGGGGGGGGGGGUUGUUUUUUAGUAAUGCAUCAUUCUUUUGGCCAUCCUAGAAUGGCAACUGUUGUGUUUUACCAUGUUUUCUAUGUUUUCCUGGAUUCUCAAGAACAUAAUAAAAUAAAGUUGGUUGCUUCCGG